AGUCUGCCCCCCCCCCCUCUUUUAAAAAACGAUACUACGUGCCUGUAAUAUAGGAUUUAUCAUUGCCAUCGUGACAUCAUGUAAUAAAAGGCUGUCAAGAUGCAUCCAAAAACCGCCUUUUUUAAAUAAUAAUAAACUUAAUGACAAGCAAAAAGAUGCCGGGAAUCUUACAGAUGAUCAUGUGCCAUGGGUUUAAUUAUCGUCGUUAUCAAAUAUAAAUAUCUAAGGUGUGCUAAUGAAAAAUUUCUCACCUCUCCCUCUUUCUCUUGCAAGUUGCAAUAAAGGUUAAAGGUCAACUUUUGUUGAUGGAAUUUCUACAACAUAGCGGGAACUUUCUUGUAAUUUGGUUGGUCAAUCAGAUUGCGCACAAGAUUUUAGCAAUCAUUCGGCCACUAUUUGUAAAAAAUAUGGCGCUCUCGAAAGCUGUGCCGAAUGCAGGUGAUGAGAUCGAUUUGAAGAUUCAUUAUUUGUAUUAUAAUGAAAAUCGCGUCUCGCCCAUUUCUAUAGAAUUUGCUGAGCUGAUGUCCCUUGGAUACAUCGGACUUGAAGCUGUCAUACAGUCUCAGAUUAAAUACAUCAGCCGGAUGCCGACUCUGCGAAUGUCAUACAAGGACAAAGAAGGGGAUUAUGUCGACCUUUAUCAAGCCAAUUUCUCGAAAUUUCUCAGGACCGUUCGCACAUCAAGUUCAGAUGAAGUUCCCGUUGUUAAUAUAAAAGUAUCCGAAGGAACUUCCCCGGGACAUUUCCAGUCGCCUAUUAUUUGUAUUCUGCGAUCCGGAGAAACGCCAGCUCGCAAGGAGUUGGAUUUUCAGUCGCAGACACCUACAGUUACUAAUCCGGGAAGUUGUACAUGUGGGGAUGAAGUUCUCGAUCUAUUUACUUAUCGAUCACCAAUCGAACAAUCGAUAAACGAGUUGCAUGACGACAUGAAAGAACUUCAGACAGAAGUUGAGAGUGCGAGGGAGUAUGUGCUGAGCAUGCAGGAAAAAUAUUGUAGGGCCCCCGCUCGAAAUAUUGGCAAUGGAAAACAAUGUGGAAAUUGUCCCUUGCGUCUUGACCAUACCGCGCGACAGUGCCAUAUUGAAAAAUGCGUGACAAGCCAGCAGUGUGGGGAUGUAAGUAAGCAUCCGGAAAAGAAGUCUAUCCUAGAAGGUGCGAAUGAUCAUCUAAAACGACUAGAGAAAAGUUUGAGAGAGAAAACGUUGGAUUUAGAGAUGAAGCAGAAAGCAGUCGAUUCGGUCAAAAAUUCUUUUAGCCAGAAGAUAAGAGGACAUUUGAUAAAUAGUGAUAAAGAAAAAUAUCUACUGAAGACAUCGAAUGGAAACUAUGUACCAAGAUCGGGCCUUGUUAACAUCGACACGGCGAAAAUUGAAAAAUAUUUUCAAGGCAAAGUUCCGGAAAAUAUCGAAUUGGUUGCCAAAACUUUUCCAAUGAUCAUACGAAAUUUCGACAGCGGACGCCCCAUCGCUAGGUUAGGAAACCCUGCUCGGCCUAUCUUGGAGGCAAAUUCUGUUAGAUUUCCAACAGCCGCACUAGGGAGGCCUCCAAGUCCCAGAGGAUCAUGUUUCUGGGAAGAAUCUGUACCGCCAAAGAAGAGGCGUUGACGUUUCAUGUUUAAAACAGCGAUGCACGAUUAAAUAUACAUUUACAGUUGCUGUGUUUUGUUUCUUUGCCUGGUAAAUUUGCUCUUUCCGUGCAUAAUUAAGUAUCCUCAAGCAGCCAAUCAGCGAUAAGCUGAAUCGACCAAUAAGAAAGUUUGUGGUUAAGGGGCGGGUC